UGAAGCAUCAAGUCUGAACUCAGAAUCAAGCCAGACUGUAACGUACUCAGCUCACCAAUUCGACUGCUCCAAUUGGUCCAUUCACCUCGCCUCGUAGCAACUAAGCACCUCCACAGCGCCGGUCAUUCCCGAGGCCCAGCGCCAUAUCACGGGAAUCUUCGAUCAACGCCGAGCAACGCCAACGGCACAGAAAGCUGCCAAUUAAUCCUGAGACCCUCCCAUCACCGAUCCCCCAUCGUCCAGAAUCUUUCCAACCCCAUUUACCAUCGACAAUGGCGGCCAUCAUGCGACCUCAGAUGCUUCGGCAGACGUGCGCCGCCGCGGCCGGCACGCGAUUCAUCUCGUCCGCCGCGCUGGCCUCGUCCCGGGCGGCGUGGCAGACCCCGCUGGUUCAGCAAUGCAAGCCGCAGUCCAUCGUUGCGAAGACCGCUCGAUCGGCCUUCGUGAGGGAGCGGCUGCCCACCGUGUCGAAGGUUGCGGCGUUCCAUACGUCGAGGAAGAAUCAAUUGCUUCCCCCGCCGGCUCAACGGAUAACUGGUGGUGUCAAUGAUCCGGCACCGGUGCUGCCAGCGGACCCGGUACACGGGAACUAUCAUUGGGACUUUGAGCGAAUCAUCGCCGUGUCUCUCAUCCCCUUGACCAUCGCGCCGUUCGCAAGCGGCUCCUUGAACCCCCUCCUGGACGCCACCUUUUGCGGCCUCAUCGUCAUCCAUUCCCACUUUGGCUUCGAGUCGUGCAUCACCGAUUACUUCCCGAAAUGGCGCGUGCCCAACACCCAACGGGCCUUGAAGUGGGUGCUGAACGGUUUCACGCUGCUGGUUGCCUACGGCCUGUAUGAGUUCGAGACAAACGAUGUGGGCGUCACCGAGGCUGUGACGAGGGUCUGGAAAGCGUGAGCGAUGGAUUUUGAGGCGGGCGAGGGCACGUUUGAUCCGGCGGCAUGGACGCAUGGCAUUUCAAUGGCGGUGUAUCAUAUAGUUUGCUUAGAACUUCCGCAGGUCAAAAUCUGAUGGGUUAUUUCGAUUGGAACUGCACAUAACAUAGACUUAGAAGUGAUGGACCUUCCAUUGUAUGGCUUCCUUCUCGAAUAUGCACUAGGGAGCGUGAGGAUUCUCCCAACACAUGCGCGUCACACAAUGCAUCUGGAGUG